AUGCCGUUGCAUGCGGAUCUUUGCGUACGAUUGCAAAAUGCAUCGCGUGCAAAGCUAAAGUCGGUGCCAAUUCCUUACACGAAGGCAAAUGCAUCGAUCAUGUCAAUUUUAUUGCACCAUGGAUUUAUUUACAACGUGACGCGCGGUACCAUUGCAGGGCCAAGUGCAGUGGACUGGAAUGCCGCGCCUGAAGUACGAAGACGGCUUUGGAUUGAUCUCAAGUAUCGGAAUGAUGAUAGACCUGUGCUUGAACGAAUGAACCUUGUCAGUAAGCCAUCGCGUCAUCUGUUUAUGUCAAAAGAUGAGCUUCUGCUUUGGGUGACCGGCAGGCGAGCGAAGUUUGUGACACCCUUGCGAGCAGGGGAAAUCGGCAUUGUUGAUUGUGGGAAACACGGAUGGUUCGAAGCAAAAGAGGCAAUGCGUCGAAAGCUCGAUGGCGAGGUGGUUUGCCGCGUUUCGUGA